AUGGCGGCGCUGAGCAAGUCCAUCCCCCACAACUGCUACGAGAUCGGGCACACCUGGCACCCGCAGUGCUCCUGGGCUGUGCUGCACGUCACCCAGAGCGCCUUGGCAGAGUCCCUCCGCAUCUACGGCACCCUCUACCUGGUUGCAGCUAUUCUCAGGAAACGAAAACUUGACUAUUAUUUGUACAAACUUCUACCUGAGAUCUUGCAGUCGACUUCAUUUCUGACAGCAAAUGGGACCUUGUAUAUUGCUUGCUUUUGCAUUCUAAGGAAGAUACUUGGAAAAUUCUACUUUUGGUCUCCUGGCUUUGGUGCAGCUUUGCCUGCUUCUUACAUGGCUAUUCUCAUUGAAAGGAAAAGCAGGAGAGGUCUUCUCACAAUCUACAUGGCUAAUCAAGCCACAGAAACAUUGUUCCGAAUGGCAGUAGCAAGAGGAGCUAUUACACCUUUAAGACAUGGAGAAGUUCUUUUGUUCUGCAUCACAGCUGCUCUGUUCAUGUUCUUCUUCAGGUGCAAAGAUGGCUUGAAAGGAUUUACAUACUCUGCACUAAAGUUCAUUGUAGGGAAAGAAGAAAUUCCCACACAUUCUUUUUCACCUGAAGCAGCAUUUGCAAAAACAGAUAGAAAAAUCAAGCACAGUGAAAAAAUAUCACAGCCAAUGAACAUACUGGCACUAACAAAAAAGCUCAUGGACAAAGUGUGCAAACAUGGCCCAAGGCAUAGAUGCUGUAAACACUAUGGAGAUAAUUGCAUCUCAUAUUGUAUUAAAGGCUUCAUUAGGAUGUUUAGCAUUGGUUACCUGAUCCAGUGUUGCCUUCGGAUUCCUUCCACCUUCCGACAUCUGCUUACACAACCGUCACGGCUACUCUCCCUCUUCUACAACAAGGAAAAUUUCCAGCUUGGAGCUUUUCUGGGAUCUUUUGUCAGUAUAUACAAAGGUACAAGUUGCUUCCUGCGCUGGGUCCGAAACCUAGAUGAUGAGCUUCAUGCACUUGUAGCUGGGUGUCUAGCAGGAAUUUCUAUGAUGUUUUACAAAAGUACAACUAUCUCUAUGUAUCUGGUGUCCAAACUAGUAGAGACUAUGUACUUCAAAGGCAUUGAAUCAGGGAAGGUUCCCUAUUUUCCUCAUGCAGACAGCAUCAUCUAUGCCAUUUCUACAUCAAUAUGCUUCCAGGCAGCUGUCAUGGAAGUUCAGAACCUGAGACCUUCAUACUGGAAAUUUCUUUUACGACUAACGAAGGGCAGGUUUGCUCUCAUGAACAGGAAAGUUUUAGAUGUGUUUGGUACCGAAGCAUCUAAGAACUUCAAGGAUUUCACACCUAACCUUGACCCAAGAUACACAGUUGUGCCACCAGAGCUACCACUGGAGCUGUCUUGAACAUAACAGUGUGGC